AUGGAAUUGGCCAUCAACGAAAUGACUUCACGCUGUCGAGCUGGCUUGCAAUGCCCGUUCAAACACCUUCAGCCUAAAGACAGAGUCACAAACCCUAGGCCAAAACCAGACCCUCGACAGGCCGAAGGUGCCCAAGGCCCCUCGGUCGUGCAAGAACGCCAGGCUCUGUCUCACCAAACCAGGGCGUUGGUCUCUGGCUCGUCUCCAAGUCAGAAGCCCCUAUCCCAACUCCAACAGAGCAAUCCGCGUGAAUUCCAGCUGGGUCAAGUGAUUAGGAGGUUUUCUCCAGUUCGGAGAGACACGCCUGGUGACACUACCUUGUCCUUCGCCCUAGCGCCCUCGGAUCCAGACUUUCCAUUCGAGCUUGAAGGCGGUCUCCAUUGCAUCCUGACCGUCCCUACACCAUAUCUGCAAAAUGGCAGACCGACCAUCAAAGUCACAAAUGCCGAAAUGGCCCGGGGUUUCCAGAUCAACGUGGAAAAGGGGUUUGACAGCCUUGUCCAAUCCUCCCCGAAUAAGACGCUGUUGGCGCUUUUGAACGAGCUGGACAAGCACCUUGAGAAGUUCUUGACAUCUGAAAAGGCUCAGACCAUUAAGAUCAUUGCAAAUGCCGACAAGAACUCCAGAACCCCUGAGCCUGUGCCACAAGUGGCCCGUCUGCCCUCCCCUCCACCCAUAUCCGUAGCGCCGCGUCCACUUUGGACAAACGUAGACAGGUCCAACGCCCUAGCUAAGAGGGAAGCUGAUGUUCGUCAACUCGAAGCUCGCAUGGGACGAAUUCCGCACUACUCUAAAAGCCCUGAUGGAACGACUUUCAACAUUCCUAUACAAGUGGCCAAAUCGGACCGCCUCCCCCUUAACCUACAACCGCUCAGGGAAGUCACGCUGAUUGUCCCGCGGCUUUAUAACCUGGAGCCUUGCACGGUGCUAUUGAAGGGCGUCAGUGGCUCAGAAGCUGAGACCGUUCAGUUGGCUUUUGAAAGACAUGUCCGAAAACACCUGGACAUGACCCUCAUGGCUCAUAUCAACUACUUGACCCAGAAUAUUCAUUCAAUGGCUUCAGAGAUGGCACAGACCACAGCUCGGACGGCUCCACCAGAUAUCCCAGCUCCGCAGCAGCCUCCGGUCGAGGAAACACAGCAGGGGGUGUCGACAGAGGAGGGUGUAGAAGAACCCAGAGGGCUGAUCUCGGACGAAGGCCGACCGCAUGUGAUGUUCAUCCCUCGACCUCCUGAAUGGGACCGACAGGAUGAUUCUGAGUCGUCUUACGACUCUGGCGAAUUCUCCGGCUCUGAAGAUGAGGAACAAACCGACGACGAGGACGAGGCUGACUCAGGCGGUGCGGCGCUUCCAGUCUCAUCAACUGCAACCGAAAAGGGAAUCCAUAUUUCCUUCCCCAACCUGGAGCUCCAUAACAUCGAGCUUCUGACCUUGGCGUCCCUAUCACUCUCCGUCAAGUGCCUGCGCUGCAAAUCUCCUCUGGACAUUUCUAACAUUAAGCCCAGCGGUGACGAGACUAGCCCUUCGGCGUCCAGUGUGCGUACCGCAUCCUGCCCCAAGUGCACAACACCCUUCACGGUCUCUUAUACUCCCAAUGCCUUGCAUGCCAACACCGUCCGGGCGGGCACGAUUGAAAUCACAGGCUGCACAAUCACCGACCUCCUCCCGUCGGUCUUCCAACCCACCUGUGCAUCUUGUUCCACAACCUUCCCGGUCCCCCCGGGCAUGGUCUCCGUACGGGGCGAUACUCCGAUCCAGGUGUGUCGGUCAUGCCACGCCAAAAUGACAUUCACGAUACACGAGGUCAAGUUCCUCCGCGUGUCCCACGCCUCCUCAGACACGCUCCCGCUACGGCGGCCGAAGAAAGAAAACCUAGGUAUCUCUGCGGGCACGCCCCUGCCGGACAACGGCACCUGUGCGCACUACCGACACAGCUACCGCUGGUUCCGCUUCAGCUGCUGCCACCGCGUGUACCCGUGCGACCGGUGCCACGACGCCGCCGAAGCCCACGUCAACGAGCACGCUGACCGCAUGGUCUGCGGGUGGUGCUCGCGCGAGCAGAGGUUCCGGAGCGAAGAUUGUGGUGUCUGCGGGCGAAGUGUGAUCAGACGGCGCAGGGCGGCCGGCGGGUUCUGGGAAGGCGGCAAGGGCACGCGCGACAAAGGUCUGAUGAGUCGCAAGGAGAAGAGGAAGUAUAAGCGGCCCCGAGGAAGCGCAGUGGGAUCCGCCGCGGUCGCCGCAAAAAAGGAUGCUGCGAAGUAG